AUGACAGAGUAUGUACAUAGAUACGAGCAACUGGCAAACAAACCCGUGAGGUUUCUAUUGUUCAUAAAGAAAACCCCUGUCCCCAAGACAAAAGAACUUCCUGAUAACAUAAAGUGUAACUUUAAUAAAGAAAUAAGAAUAAGAGACACUUUAGAGCUAUUAGUUGAAAUCAAAAUCACAGAGACAGGAAAAAGACAAGUUAGAAAUGAGAAUAUGUUGAGACUGUUAAAAGGGGCUAUCCUAAAUACUAAGCAUGUCUAUGUGACUAACUUAAAUCACGGUGUACACAUUUCCUUUGUAACAUCAGAGCAACUUUGGGUCAGUGAUGGACACAGUCUUACUUUGACCAAUUCUAAAGGUAACAUUCUACAUCAUUUAUUUGAUGUAAGUGAAUACUAUGGUGUACAUACAGUAAACAGUGAAGGAGAGUUGAUUUAUGUAGACAAAGACUGGAACAUUAACAAAAUAAGUGCAGACAAUGCUACAAAGUCGACAUUGAUAAAAAGAACAGAAUUAUGGGAACCAUGGUGUAUCUGUCACUCAGGCUCUACUGGAGAUUUGCUGGUCAUGAUGAGAUAUGAUACAAGAAACCCCACCAUACCAUUAUCAGAUGUGAAAGUCAUUCGGUAUAGUAGUACAGUUCAACAAAUCCAAACCAUCCAAUACCACAGAACAGGCGAACCAUUAUAUAGUGAGCCUAUCUAUAUCACAGAGAACGGGAAUGGAGAUAUUGUCGUGUCUGAUACAUGGAAUGGUGUGGUCGUCACAGACCAUGAAGGGAAAUAUCGUUUCACUUACACAGGACCACCAGAAGGACUGUCGUUUGGAAUAUUUAUGCCAAGUGGAAUUUGUGUAGAUGCAUUCUUAAAUAUCCUGAUAUGUGGUCGACUAGACCAAACAAUACAAUUGAUAAACAGGGAUGGUCUUCUACUGUCAAUUCUACCAACAAAACAAGAUGGAAUGGUUGAGCCAUUGGGACUUGGAUAUGACGAAAAAAAUCACGUUGUUUGGAUGGGAUCAGGAAUGAACAACAAACUAUGUGUAUACAGAUAUAUAGAACGACAAGAUUAUCUUGCUUAA